AUGAGCUCUUCCCAGCCCUCAAACACCGGAACCGCUCCAUCGAAGAACGAUGUGCCUCCCACUGAGGUCGAUUUGAACGCCUACCCAACAGCUCAGAAGCUGGUAUCUCGUUGUCGUGACUUCUUUUCCGAAGUCGAAGACCUCACACCAGGCCACGAACUCGAAGCCUAUCUCAAUGAAAACUACGGACCUGGUAAUGCAAUCUACGAAGACCUGUGCGACCUGACCCGUCAAGGUCUGAAAGAAGGCUGGGUCGCCAACUUCGAGCUUGAUGGAGCAAAAUACCGUCGCUCCAAGGUUCUUCUCCCAAGUGCUGAAAACAGAUUCUUUUCGAUUACGACAGUGUACAUGGAGAGUGAAGAAGAGUACUCGGGUCAAUACCACUCCCAUCCUUAUGGUGAGAUCAAUUGUGUCGUACAAGUCGACAAGACUGCUGAGUUGAAGGGUAUGCAAGGCUGGCAAGGUGCAGGUUGGACGUCUCCAGGACCUGGUACGCAUCAUUAUCCGGAAGUGCGUGGUGGAGCUUUGGUCGCGUUGUUCUUCUUGCCUGCAGGAAGGAUCAGUUAUAGGGCCAAGCCAGGUGAUCCGCAGCCUGCCAGUUUAUAA